UAAGACGCGCAGGUCCCGUGUAAACAAUGGAAGUCCGUUCGCGUGCCAGUGCUCAAAAUAAGCCGAAUUAUACACAAAACGCCGUUUUCACAACGAAAACACGAUAUUGAGAACACACUUAUAAAAUACGUUGUUUCUAGGUUUUAUAUUUGAGGACGUACGUCAUCAUACAGACACAUGUGAAAAUCCUCGACGAAGGCGUUCAGCCGGAUUUAAACACAUUAAAACCACAACCAGCUGAUCAAAUAAAAGCAGUUUACUGUUCAUCCAUGCACACACGUGUCCAGUGAGACAGACUUUAUUAUAGAAAUGAGUAAACGAGAAGACGAUAGAUGUGGCAGAAAACGGAAGACAGAAGCUGGGUAUAAAUCAGAGGACUGUAUGAAUCCGGAUUCAUCUGUCAUCGCUGCUUUCAAAGUAUUCCAGCAAGAGCUCGACACCAAACAUGAUAAACACGAGCGACUGGUGAAAAUCAGCCGAGAUAUCACCAUUGAGAGCAAACGGACCAUAUUCCUCCUGCACAGAGUCACCAGUGUUCCAGAUGUGGAGGAGAUCCUGACUGAGGCCGAUGUGAAACUGGAUUCUGUGAGGCAGAAGAUCGGACAGAUAGCAGAAGAACUGAAAGGAGAAGAUCUGCACCAGUUUCACCGAGCGUUUACACCAGGCAUUCAGGAGUACGUUGAGGCCGUGUCCUUCCAUCACUUCAUCAGACAUCGCACACUGAUCAGCCUGGAGGAGAUCAACGCUCGUCUGGUCUUCAUCAGAGAAAAUAAGGGUGAAGGUGAGGUCGCAUGCGUAUUGACCUUCCAGAUAACGCCGACCGACUACCUGCUGGGCGUCGCGGACCUGACGGGCGAGCUGAUGCGCAUGUGCAUAAGCAGCGUGGGCAACGGCGACAUAGACACGCCCUUCCAGCUCAGCGGCUUCCUGCGGCAAAUCCACGACGGCUUCUUAAUCGGCAACACGGGACCCUACGAGGUGUCGAAGAAACUGCACACGCUGCGGCAGAGCCUGGGGAAGGUGGAGGACGCGUGCUACACCCUGCGCGUGCGCGGAUCCGAGAUUCCCAAACACAUGCUGGCCGACGUGUUCACCAGCAGGGCGGCGACGCAUUUGGACCCAGAUGAGCCGAUAGUGUGAGAUACCGAGAUGCGACGCGUGUCCUUCCCUGUGCAUGUCGGCCUUUGCAAACCGGGCAUAUUAUUGUUCGAGUAUUUUUAGUUCUCUGUUUAAAUGGUUGCAUGUUGUUAACACGUCUAGUUCUUCAGUUUUGAGCUGUUGUAUUUCAUAUACAUUGCAAAAUGUUUAACUGAUCUUGUUCUGUCAAUCUUCCUGGAAGUUAUAAACAUGUUUACCAUUAUUUUGAAAUCAAACAGCCUCAGAACUGUUAAUAAAACUUGUUUUUGGUACAA